CUUGUUGGCGGGGUAAUGGAAUCAUCCAUACAUGCGAGCAGGAUGUAACAGUGGCACUUCAACCCCACGUCAUAUUGAAACGUACACUUACCUCCCAAACAUCCCCGAAAGAAGUCUAGCAGGUUGUCGAAAUGGAGCCUGUAACAGCAUUGGGCCUUGCCGCUGCGACAAUACAGCUGGUCGACUUUACCCACCGUGUUCUGCGGACGACGAACGAGAUCUGCAAGGAUGGCAAGGCUGUGGACAUCGACACCUUGCAAAACACUACGUAUGACCUGAAGAAGUUGUCAGUCCAGGUGCAGAAACGCCAGAAGGUCGAACAACUUCAAGACCCCGAUCUUGAUAUGAUAGCGAGCGGUUGCCAAGACGUUGCUAAAGAACUCCUAGAUGGUCUUACGAAGUUGACGCGAGGGCCCGGCCGUCAAAAUACGUGGUCGGCUAGUCUCGUGAUAGCGUUUCGAACUAUCAUGGCGAAGGACAGGAUAGAGGCGAUGUCGAAAAGGCUAGAGAGCUAUCGGGCUCAGAUGCACCUACGGAUGGUCAACUCGCUGGUCACAAAACUCGAUCUACAUAGUACCGAAACCAGGGAGCAGUUCCUUGCUAUCGGACGAAAGCUAGACCCUCCAAGGCUCUCCGAUAAUUCACAGACAUGUACACCGCAUGUUGUUGACCACCCUUUAGAGUCUCACACUGGUAACCUACAGACAGAAAAUCUGUCCGAAAAGCUCUUACAGGCGCUCAGCUUCGAGACACAUGAUCUACGUGAAGAAAUGAUUGCCAAUCAUCAUAUUUCGACAUUUCGCUGGGUACUGUCGGAUAGUACCGAGAAGGCUGAGUGGUACCAUCUACCCCCAUGGUUGCGGAGCAAUGAGAAGAUCUACUGGAUCCAUGGAAAGCCAGGAUCAGGAAAGUCAACACUCAUGAAAUACAUCGCCAACGAGCCUAAGACAGCGUCUUUGCUCAGGGACUGCAGCGAUAGCAGGGUUCUUGUUCUGGCCUCACACUACUUCUGGCUGACCGGGUCGCCUCUCCAGCAAUCCAGGAUUGGACUACUACGGUCUUUGCUGAAGCAAAUACUUCUAUGUCACCCAUCUUUAAUCCAUGACGUAUACCCCUUCUUGGAGAAAGACCUUGCAGGACAAAUGACAGGGCCUGAACAUGUCUCAGGCUUCCGUAUGAGUAGGCUCCAAGCUUCUUUAGAGUCUGUAUUUCAUAAGAGGAGUGCAACUCAUCGCUUCUGUUUCUUCAUUGAUGGUCUUGACGAAUGCGGAGACGACCAUGAUGAACUUGCGGAGUGGCUAGAACAAUUGUGCCAGCACAACUCUAAUAUGAAGCUAGUGCUCUCAAGUCGAUCCUGGAACGUUUUCGAGGAUGCCUUUGGGUCAUAUGCUAGCAUGAAAAUGCAGGACCUCACGCGCCCAGAUAUCGAGAGGUAUGUUGCUUCCAAGCUUGAAAGGAGCCGAGGCAUGAAAAUUCUUCUUCUGGCACACCCUGGAGCUGCUGAAGUCUUCAAGAGUCUCAUAUGCACAAGGGCCGAUGGGGUCUUCCUCUGGGUAUCCUUAGCAGUGGACUCUCUACUCAGAGGCUUCUCAAAUUCUGAUUCACUCGAGCAAUUGACACAAAGGGUAGAGUCUCUGCCAAAAGAGAUUGAAGGCUUAUACUCUAUGAUAUUCGACUCCAUCGAUCCCAUGUACCGAUGUAGCGCUGCUAGACUACUCCUUGUCAUGCUGGAAGUUUCAGACUUAGAGUCAAUCAGUGUUUGCUUUUUGACCGAAACUUCGAUGGAAACGGCCAUGGAUGCCACCAUAGAAGAUCUAACGUAUAAGGAUGUACUCAUCUACGACGAGACUGCACAGAGACGAUUGGAUGCUUACACCAGAGGUCUGCUAGAGUUAUCCAAGUCAAGCGACUUAUCCAGCUCAACGCGGUGCAAACGUGUGUUGUUCAUUCACCGAAGCUUUGCAGAUUUCUGCCGAACGGACCCGUUCCUUGCGAUAUUGCUGAAGGAUUCCGGAGAGGAUUUCGACCCACACCAUGCGAUGAUGUGCGCCAAACUAAUGCAGUUAAAGAAGAAUAUCUGGCUUUCCAACGACCACAACCAGCCAAGGGCUCUGGGAUCUGUGCUGACCUCUUUGUGGCAUCAUGCCCGGAAGACCCAGAAGCCAAUUCAAUCACGUUCAUCUAUUCUUGAAGAGACUGAAGAGACCCUCAAAGUUAUCAUGGGAUCUGAUCGGAUGCAGAAUCGUCUUAAGCAUAAAGAGGCCAGGGGCACCGCUGCGAAUACUUUACUGGAAGUAAACGAAAUUAAAGCAGAUCGAGGACUCCAGAUCUAUUUCCGAUUGAACUUUCACGAAUCAUAUUCUGGGCUACACGAGAGGUUCCCGUUCUUACUCACUGCUAUCAAUUUACGCGACCCAGAGUACGCCGUGUAUCGAGUAAUCCGUGAUCCAAGCAUGUCGUUUGCAGACAAAGUCUCACUUGUAGACGAUAUUCUCGUGGUAGGACUAGGUCAUGAGACAUAUCGCGACAGACAAAUGGAUGUUAGACAUAUUUUAGGUGACAUUGAAGUGCAGAUAGAGGCCUUAAAAGGUCUGCUCACGGAUAUCUCCAAGACACGAGCCGGAACGGAUUAUAUCUCGACGCUCUGGCGAGGACUUGUGAGCAAUAUGUUCGCUUAUCUUCUCGAGAGUGUCGACGCAAGAAGUCCGGUCCUGCUCUAUCUCGCCAUAAUGUACCUUUUACUUCAUCCUACGUUCGGACUAGGUCAUGAAGAUUGGGAAUUUCGUCCAAUUAAAGUAGGCUGGAUGCUUCACGAAAGGCGACGGGCUUAUUUACUUGAGGCAGCUUUGGAGAUUGAAGGGAAAAUAUCUGCUGUUAGCGCGCUUGGUAUUUUCGAGCAUGAAUACCCAGUGUAUGUGGCUAAGCGGUAUAAAGUGUGGAACAUCUCCGCAUUAUGGACUACAGAAUACAAGGAGCGUUUUGAAGCGAGCAUGGAAAUGGUACAGACCCGCCUUCAGGAACGCAUGAAUGAGACACACGUGUCAGACUCGACCGUGACAUGAGACCAUUGCCCUUCUCACAAGGCCUUGCUGUGACGACUAAAGAUGCUAAGCUACAAUUCCGGGCUAUCUCAAAGGAAAUGGAGGAAUCGAAAUGAGACCUUAUAGCGAUCAUGAUGUACUAUAGUUCUAAUACUAUAGCAGAACUUCAUAUACUCACUCUCAACUAGGAAUCAAUCAUACAACGUUACAUCACUUAUAGAAGUAGAUGGCACGGCAAAAGUCUACAUAUACCCCUGGAAUCUUGAAUAGCUUAGGACAAAUGUACUAACAAGUAGAUUCUAGUUGCUUCUAAUACUUUUACUAUGUGGAGAGAUGAAGCCUACGAGUCUUAGGAGUACAAAAUCUAUACUUUCGAGUGGAGGUAGUACAAUCCUACUUUAGUUGACUCAGGGCUGUAAAGCGGUUAUCUACCAUCUCUCUGUAUAGUAUCGAAUGUCGCAAGGAGAAACUGAUGAUCUCAGGCACAGAGGUCCUUCUCAAGGCGGAUUAAUGUAUC